AUGGCGCCGGCAGAAAGAAAGAACAAGCGUUUGCGGCGAUUACGACUGCGUCCCUUCCCCAAAGGAGUCUACAAAACUGUAGCCAUAAAUCUGCGUUACCUAAAUCUUGUGUCAUGGCUUGGUCUGCAACACGACGCAGGGGACAUGCACACAACACAGAUCCGCCACAUCUGUGGCAACAUGAAAGAGCAAAGAAAGUGA